GCUCAGUACCAAGGCUGCCUGUUCCUGCACCAGGGUUGGCCCCUGUGCCUGGGCGAGCAGCUGGUGCUGCAACUCUCGGCGCUGGACUGGAGGGCGCUGCAGCCGGAGGACUUCUACCUGCAGCUGGCGCCGACAGGCUCCCGCGGGGCGAGGCUGGUGCUCAAGUGCCGGGCCUGGGGCGGCGAGAAUGACGACGACGACCCGGUGCAGGAGUUGGAGGAAGCAGAGGAGGCCGGAGGGAUGGUAGAGGUGCCGAUCGCCGAGGACUCCUACCCGCACCUCUUCACCGUCGAGUGGCUGGACGGCGUCAACCGGCGGCUGCGGCUCGACGCCCGGAGCCCGCCGCGCAGACUCCGCAGCUGCCUGCUGGCCUCGGCCGGCGGCCGGCUCCGGCGCAUGCGCUGGUCGCGCCUGGUCUGCCCGCGCCUGCGCGAGCCGCCGGCGGCCCCUGCCGGGCGGCCCCGCGCCUCGGGCGACGGCGCGGCCGCCGACGACCCCCUGCGCCUGAGGGAGGCCGCCGCCUGCACCUCCGGCGCCACCGACAAGGGCGGUGGGGGCGGUUGGGAUCCGGCUCACCAGCGCCAGCAGGAGGACGUCGAGGCCGGGGAGUACGUCGAGCUUCGGGAAGUCUCCACGCCGGGGGCGGCGGCGGACGACGCCGUCGCGGGGAAACCGCGCCUGCGCUCCAGCACCCUGCCGGCCGCCGGCGGCGGCGUCAGGCCGGGGCGUCGGCGCAGGGGCGCGCAGGCGCAGCACCGGGCCUGGGUGCACCAGCCUCGGCGCAGGCGCCGCAAGGGCGCCGCGUGCGGCGAGGCGGCGGCGCACGUGGCGGCGGGAAGGCCCCACGCGCCGUCGCCCCGGGAGACGGAGCCCGCCAACGGCCCUCCCCACUGGAGGGGCCUGGUCUCGCCCACCCGGUGGGCGGAGGGAGGGCCGGGCGACGGGGCGCCGUUGGACGGGCGGAGUGGGUCCGUCGCCGCCUGGACCCGACUGCCGUUGGCCGAGCGGAGUGUCGGAAGCGAACCGCCGGCGGCUGAGGGGCAGGCGUCAAUAAUCGGCAAUCCAUUGGCCGAGCGGGAGACGUCAACUGGAUCUGAGCCGCCAUUGGCCGAGCGGGAUGAGCCAACCACAGCCAAGCCGCCAUUGGCCGAGCGCGAUGAGCCAACCACAGCCAAGGCGCCGUUGGCCGAGCGGGAUGAGCCAACCACAGCCAAGGUGCCAUUGGCCGAGCGGAAAGAGCCAACCACAGCCAAGGCGCCAUUGGCCGAGCAGAAAGAGCCAACCACAGCCAAGCCGCCAUCAGCCGAGCGGAAAGAGCCAACCACAGCCAAGCCGCCAUUGGCCGAGCGGAAAGAGUCAACCACAGCCAAGGCGCCAUUGGCCAAGCAGAAAGAGCCAACGACAACCCACCCGCCAUUGGCCGAGCUGAAAGAGUCAACCACAGCCAAGCCGCCAUUGGCCGAGCGGAAAGACCCAACUCGAGAUGUGCCGCCAUCAACGGCGCAAGAGGGGUCAACCGCAGCUGAACUGCCAUUGGCUGAGCAGGACGAAUCGGCCGGAGGUCAGCUGUUCUUGACGCAAUUGGUCAGUAGGACUGGGUGGCCAUUGGUCGAGCAGAAUGGCUCGGUAAUUGGGCCUGGACUGCCAUUGGCCAAGCAGCAAGGGUCAAAAACUGGAGCUGCACGGUCACCGGCUGAAGUGGAGGAAUCAGCCGGUUCUGAAAUGCCAUUGGCCGGGCAGAGCAGGUCAACACUUGGACUGGAGCGGCCAUUGGCUGUGCGGGACAGGUCAAUAACUCAAACUGACCAGCCAUUGGCCCAGCAGCGGAAAUCAACUGUCUCUGAACCCACAUUGGCUGGUCAGGGUAAAUUAAUAAUUAGAAGUGGGCUUCUGUUUGGUGAACAGGACAGAUCAAUGAAGGGGACUAAGCAAUCACAAGCUGAACAGAACCAGUCGCCAGAUGAACAGCCCCCACCAAUAACUGUGACUGAACUGUCUUUGGUUGAGCCAGAGAGAGUCAAAGCAAAAUUGACCGAGUGUUCACUGAUCGAACGAUCAGGAUCACAAUGGAAAAGGGAGCCAUUUUCGGCUGGAGUGGGCACAAGUUCAGACAGGGAUCCACAGUCGGUCUUGGAAACGGAAUCCAGACGUUCCCCAGCAGAUCGGAGAGCCGUGUCGUUGCGAGGAAUACAGACUGAGGAGGGCCAUGAGCCUGCCAGUUCUGAGAGGUCGCAGGGAGGGGCACCGCUACCUGUAGAGCCGUGGAGAGCCGUUGGCGAGGUGGAGAGAUCUCCAGGCGUCCUGGGGCAGGCGGACACAGGGCCCUCAGACCUACAGGUCAGAUGUCAGAGGAGUUUGGGGGCAUCACAUGCAGCGGAGGAAGCAACCAGCGACACAUUGGACGCCCGUCCGGCGCAGUGGGGGUCUUUGGGCAGGAAGGCAGUCUCCGGUGAUGGCACUGCCCCCGCCAGGUCUGCACCUAUUUCUGUACCGCCUGGUGAGAGAGACGGCCAGAGGAUCCUGAACGAGGUCGGAGAGGUGGGGGAGGAGGUGGGAGAAAUGGGUCCACCACCCAAUGGAGAUAUUUGGCAAGGGGACAACAAGAGAGGCCUGACCCAAGAAGGUUCUGAUGAAACCUGUCAGGCUGGAGACGUGAGCAAACAUCACGAGGUUCUGGAAGAUUCAUUGCCUCGAUCGUCCCGACCCGAGUCCCAGUCUCUCCUGUCUCUCUCUCCCUCUCUCUCCCUCUCUAGGUUCUGA